AUGGUCGACGUGGUCCUGGCGACCACCGCCCUGGGCGCCAGCGCGCUCGGCCCCGCCGCCCUCGUGCCCUUGGCCGCCGCGGGGGGCUACUGGCUGUCGGGACUCGGACGGGCUGCGGGCAGCCCUGCCCCUGCCGUGGGGGCACAGCCCGCCUUCACGUGCGCCUGCCCCCCGGAGGGCUGGCCGCUGUGGGGGCUCGUGCUCGCCUUCGUGGUCGGGGGCAGCUGCGCACUCUGCUGCCUGGGCUGCACCACAGCUGCCGCGGGCCUGGCCCGGCGGCGGCGUGACCACGCCGCCGCUCGGAGGAAGCUCGAGGAUCAG